AUGGGGAAUGUGUCGCCCACUCCAAACCAGCUCUUUACAGAAGCCAUAGUCUUCUGGUCUAUAGGGCUUGUUAUUUAUGUCGGAAGAGUUGUGGCUCGUAUAAUUGCCAAUGGAUCAUACAAGCGGUUGUUUGUGGACGACUAUGUGAUGGCAGCAACCUUCGCAAUCUAUACCACCCUGCUAGUGCUGAUUCAAAUAUCGGCCCGCUACGCAACGAAUCUCAUGGACCCCAAGGACUACGACCAGGUGCUAGCGGACCCAAAGCAAGUCAGCGACCGGAUCUAUGGAAGCAAAAUUGUCAUUGGGCUGGAGCAAUGCAUGUUGAUCUCAACCUGGGGCGUCAAGACAUGCAUGCUGAUGCUCUAUUGGCGAAUCACGCAGAAUCUGAAAUCGAACCUCUAUAUCAAGAUCCUUGCGAUUUACGUUGCGGUUGGAUUUGUCGUCAUAAUGGUCACCUACUAUGCAGUUUAUUGCCGACCGUUCUCACAGUACUGGGCCAUGCCGGUGGAUAAUAUGCAGUGUGCGACAUACCAGCACUACUCGAUCACCCAAGCCGUCUUCAAUAUUUCCUCUGAUGCUGUCAUGUUCGCCAUUCCGAUUCCUCUCCUCAUAAAAGCUCAACUCAAACGGCGCAGAAAGGUCGUCCUCAUCGGCGUUAUGAGUCUGGGCUUAUUCACGAUCAUCGCUGCUAUCCUAAACAAAUAUUUCAAUUUUGCCUCCCCACUCACAACCACAUACCAAAUCUGGUACAUCCGUGAAGCCAGUACAGCAAUCUAUGUCGCCAACCUCAUGUGCUGGUGGCCACUACUCCGCAAAUUGUUUGGUGUCAAAGCAUUCCAAUACAACAGCAACCGAGCCCAGCGACCUGGAAACCCCAGCGACCAAAACAAUGAUAGUAGCGGCUGCGAUUCCAACAACUCACAACCUCGUCCUUCAUUCGCAUCCCCUCGCUCAUGGAAACCACCUUUUCGUCGAGGAAAUAAGAACACACCGCCUGGCAAGUACAGCGGCACCAAACGCUCGAGCACUGAACCCAUCAACAGGUCCAAUAACGAGUUCGUGAACGAUAUGCACCGUGUCGAAGCUGUCCCCCUCGAGAACUGGGCCACAAAGGAGCAUCAUCGAACUGAGACUUGGACAACUCAAGGCUCAAUCAACACGCUUGAGAAACAAUGUGAUGUUUAA